ACUCGCGCUCACAGACCUAUACAUCUAUUUACGACCAAAGACAAGGGAGAUUAAUCUGGCUUAUUAUUAUGUUUACAUAUAUUUCAUUUGUUUUAUUGUUUAUUGUAAAUGUAAGCACAGAAUCAACAAUCAAGUCAAAUGUUACUGGUUUUCUAAUCACCUGCCUUAACCAACUGACCAGAGUUGCUUUAUUAGAGAUGUUUAACACUGCGCUGAGUAGAUCACUCUGGAUGGGAGAUUUAGAUGAUGAUAUUGAUGAGCAGUGUAUAAUAAAUGCCUUUGCCCAAGUGGGUGAGGUUGUGGUCAAUGUGAAAAUGAUGAACAAUGCUAAAGAUGCUAGCUCCCAGAAGCCAGGAAACUAUUGUUUCAUUGAGUUUCCAGAUGUAGAAUGUGCACAGAGAGUUCUACACAGACUCAAUGGAAAGUGCAUGCCUGGAAAGUCUGGGAAAAGAUUUAAACUAAAUCCAGCUAGCUUUGGAAGAGAACAUGAACUUUUACCAGAGUUCUCUUUAUAUGUCGGUGACUUAUCAUGGAACAUUGAUGACUAUGACCUCUUCUCUUUUUUCCAGAAAAGAUACAAAUCAGUCAGAGGGGCUAAAGUUGUUUUAGAUCAAAAUGGGAAAAGCAAAGGCUUUGGGUUCAUUAGAUUUUCAGAAGAAAGUGAUCAACAAAGAGCUCUGAUAGAAAUGCAGCAUAUGACUGGAUUAGGGAGAAGACCUAUUAAAGUCAGUUUGGCCUCUAUCAAAAAACCAACUGAAACCUCAGGCAUUCCACCAUCUUUCUCCAGCAAUCAUGGAGCUUAUUAUGCUGGGCAUUACUCUUGGGGAGGCUACAGUUAUCACUAUAACCAGCCUUUUAGCCAGCCCUCAGAUUAUGUGUCUGGCUCAGUAUAUUCAGAUCAGAAUAACUCAUCCACAUCUCCCAUUGAAGAUGAUUCAGAAGUCUUAGAAGAUCCAGGGCUAGAAAUCAAUGUUGGGAAGGAGAACAGAGAGUUUAUUGAAUCAAGUGAGUCAUUUUUUUUGUCAUUGGAGAAGUCAAGAUGGCAGCCUUUAGAUAAUAUUAUGUCAGAGAUUCCUAGCUAAAACAUUGGUUUAUUUGAUCAGUUUAAAUGACUGUUUGUGAAAUAAAUGAAUGAUUAAUAUUUGCUUAGUGUAUAAAGCUGUUAUGUGCCCUGUAAUUAAGGGAAACAACUAAGUAAGUUAUGUCAAGUUCUUUAAAAUAUUGGCUGCAAUAAAUUGUGAUAUUAAGAUU